GAUCUCGUGGAGCAACAGAUAGUGGACAUCAACACCGGUGUCGGUCGGAUCUGUUACGACCCGAACUUCGAGACACUGAAAGUGGAAUGGCUUAAGAAUUUGCCCCAAAGUCUGCAACUCUUGAAUCAAUUCAUCGGCGACCGACCCUUCCUCGCAGGAGAGAGCGUCACUUAUGUGGACUUCUUUGCCUACGAGGUGUUGGAGAAGUUGUCGGCGUUGGCGCCCGAAGAGGUGUCCAAAGUGGACAAUCUUAAGAAGUACGCCGAGAGAGUGGGUGCUCUGCCGCAGAUCGCCAACUAUCUCAAGUCGGCGCCGAAGUUGCCCUUCAAUGGCCCGAUGGCCAAAUGGGGCGGCAGUUUGUAAACUCCAAACGUAACAAUUUAUAAAAGUAUCUGAAACUAUAUAUACCUGAACCACAAGAACUGAUAAUAAAGUUUUAUUUGUCUGAAAGUAA